CCAUUUUGCCUUCCAAAUUUAAUUCACGACAAAGUGUAACACAGUCUAAAAGAAAUCCAAAAUGGAAUAAAAAGUGUAUAACCGAAUAAUAAGAGUCGCCGGUAAAACGGUCGAUACGAGAAUUUCGUGGACGGUGUCACAGCGGUCGAAAAUUACACACAACGAAAUUAAGAAUGAACAAGCCGAUCGCCCGACAAACAACCGUAUAAUCGGCGAGGCGCGUUGGAGAAAAAAAAAGACGAAAAAACGGCCCGAGGCCGGGCCGACGCACGAGGGAGGAGCGAUUUGGCCCACUUUGCUUUACUUUUUCUUGGACAUCGCCGCUACAGAAAGCAGAAAACCAGAGAAACCUCGUUUACUUCCACGGCGAGCAGAAACAAUGUGUCGCUUAUAGCCGACCAUACACGCACGCAUCACUUCCUUCUUCCUUGUACCAAGUACUAACCGCAAUUAAAAGAUUUAGUUUUACAAAGUACAGAACCUCUACCUACCUACUCUAACAUUUGUACCAAACAUGCAUAAAAAAGACAACACAAAAUAAAGUCUACUAAUCAUGUAAGAUGUUCCAUGGAAAUGAGAUCUGGGGUUGAACAAGAUCAAAUGACUCACUAGAAUGAUAACUAAAGUCAGAUUGGUUUAUAAGACAUUACUACAUUCAUUAUAGGAACCACGACCCAAUAGAAGAUAAAAAAACAACCUAAACAAAAUUCGUAAAGAUCAAUGGAGGGAGAAGUACCUCCCACUACAUUAAAACCAGUACAUGAAAGUGUCACCACAGCACAUUGACCUAUAGAGUAAAGUUCCCUGGACACCCUAUAUACAAGAAUCAUUAACUUAAAAACAUCUAGUAGUGUACGGCCGGCCAUCGGCAUCACCAUUGACUACGUCUCGUUACUGAACUCUUCACUUCCAGGGCCUUCGGGCCGCGGUUUUAGUUCUUCGUCGGCACCGCUGAGCGACUCUAGUGGCCGGAGCUCUGCAGGAACUGGUCUUCGACUUGCAAUCGGCUAGUAGGUCGCGCUUCGAGCGUACCAAAACGCGUUUGUUACAUUGUACGUUUCGGUGGAAUAACAGCCGCGUCGCGACGCCGACGAUGCCGAGACGGCGGGUUUCCCGCGGGAAAAGCGAACACUAGAAGCGGCUGAGAUGCAAGAUGCUAGUUUGUUUCGUGCUUCUAGUCUCCGCCCGCGGCACCUUGGAGUACGGAUACGAUUCGGGCGGCGACCAGGCCGCCUGCGGCCGCCCCUACCGCUCCGGUAAGAUGCACCAGCCGCCCUGCGAUCUGGUCAAGCAGGGCUACUGCACGUCGGCGGGCAAAACGUACCCCUGGCAGGCCGUCCGGCGCUUCAUCAAAGACAACCAGGGCCUCAUGAGGCGCAUGUACGGCGACCAGCGGCACGGCCACGUCCUCAAAACCGAGUUCCAGGACGAGCCGGAGAUCCUGCAGCCCAUCGAAAACACCCUCAGAUACUCCAGGUACCACUUCGAGGAGCAGGACAACGAGGCGGACAACGAGGUGGAGAGCGAGGCGCGCUUCUUCUCCGACGAUCCGGUCAACGACGACGUGCUCAACACGAAGUUCAUCUACUCGGAGGAGCCCAUCAUCUCCAUCAAAUUGGCCGGGUUGCAGACGGCGCCGCACUUUCGCGAGAACGCCGAGCACACCACCAAAGACGCGCGCGACAAACCCGACGAGUUCACCACCACGGAGGCGAGCACCGAGCCGAUCGAGGAGGGCACCACCGAAGGCGAAGCCACCACCGCGACGAGCCCCACGACGGCGGCGACCACCACCACCGAGGUCGCCUCGGAGGCCAAGAAAACCGACGAGAAGGUCAACAUGGAGACGGUGCUGUUCCAGGAUAUGGACAACGAGGAUAACACCAAGAAGAAAAUGCACGUUAAUUACAACAUGAAGGGAGUUAACGCCUGUCCGGUGCGCGAGGAGGUGGUGGCGCCGUUUUGGGCGAACAACACGCGGGGGGAGGUGCUGGCGUUGCUGAACAUGUACCCGUUCGAGCAGUACGUGCAUUGGGAGAAGUGCGCCUUCGAGCACCGGCAGAUGCACUGCAGGGAGGGUUGCAGGUGCGAGCAACAGUACCGGCUGCACCGGUUGCUCGCCUACGAUCCGAACAACGAGUGCCGCGGGAUAUUCUCCGAUUGGUUCAAGUUCCCGUCGUGCUGCAUUUGCAAGUGCUACGACAUGCCGGUGGAGUUCAGGGUGACGUCGAGGAGUCCCAGGUACCUUUAUUCUUCGGAUGAAAAUUAGCUGUCGUAGUGGAAGUUUUUAUCGGAAAGAAAAACAUUUAAAUUACACUGAAAUGUAUCUACUGGUGGUGUAAUAAUAGGGUAUACUGUAUAGACUCUGUUCGUUCAAUUCAAUGGUAUUAAAAGACGAGUUUUUGAUAACAUCGACUAAUAAAAAUGCUCGGUAAUAAAUUAUAAAUAUUCCGUUAGAUCGAGUCACUACUGAAUUCGUAAAUUGACUAACUAGUGCGAGCAAACAACCGUCGAAUAUUCGCGCGAAUUUCUUUUAUUUAUUUUUAUCUACGAAAAGUAAUGUUUAGUAACCCAGUUUAAUUUGAAUACAGUGGUUUUCGAAUUGUACGAUUUUUUAAACAGAGUGGAAAAAUAUUCACGAUGUUAUUAGCACGUUAUUUCUUUUUGUAGACGAAUAGAAUACUUUUAUUACGACUAUUAAUAGUGCGUAUGGUAGUUAAGAAAAUUUUAAGGCUAGUGUUUUUUAUCAAUAAUACAGGGUGUUCUCGAACUUAUGGCAGUAAAUUUUAGGGGUGGUAGUUUGUAUCAUUUGAGACCGAUUCGAAGAUUUCAUUUUUCUAAAAAAUUAGAAUUCAUUAGAAAUAAAUGCAAUGAACGAAUAUAACCCUGACCUGAAUAGUCAGCUGAUGGGAGUUUUAACUCAAAAAAAAACAGAUUCGGUGUAUUUAUCAGCAAGCGAAAAUUUCCCCCUCCGCCCUCCAGCUUUCGAAAAACGUUAUCGAUACCGAUCGUUAUCAGUGAGAAUUGUAUUGUUUUGAUUAUAACAUCGGGAUUAAAUAGAUUUUUGUGAUUAGACUUUUAGUGAUUUAUUUGUUUUAGUUCGUGUUCUUAGUUUAGUUCUUGUUCGUUAUAGUGAUUUUCUGGAACAAUUAAGCAGCUUUCAACAACAAAAUAGGUGAGCUAUUACUCCUUUCGAGUUUAAAGUUUAUUUUCUUCUAUCGUUCGAAAAAUCCGGCCUACUUUUAUAAUUUAUCCAUGAUUCUAAAAAAUUAGAGGGGUCGAGGGGUUUCAAUCGAUGUACAGGACCGCAUUUCUUUGAAAUAUUUUUAAUAUUUCAAAUUUUGUUUAUUAUAAAUUUUUUAGAAAAAUGAAUCUUCGAAUCGGUCUCGAAUUAUGCAAACUACCAUCCCUAGAAUUUAAUGCCUUAAGUUCAAGAACCCCCUGUAUAAUACAGCGUGUUAGGGGAUUCACUGUACGUUAAUAGGUGUUGAUUUUAAUCCUAAAAUCUAAACAAAACAAAAAGAAACGAAUCGGCAAUUACCAUGCGGUGUUGCCAAGUUGAUUUAUUUGUAUUAGUUUUAACGAUUUUUGAACUGAAUAGAUUGAAUUCGAAUUUUGAAGAAACGAAAGUACUGGUUAUGAUUGUACCUUUAUACGAAACGUUUUUUUUGUUCGAAAUACUCCAUAUCUUCAAACAUUCGCAAUGACUCCCCCAAAUUGUAUAAUAUUUUCUGUAGUUUAUUAAUAACUUUUUUUAUAAAAUUAUCUUGUAAUUAAUAACUUAUAUCGCUGUUAAAUUAUUUAUAAUAUAACGUUAUGUUUACACCUACAAAUUUAAUAUAUACGAUGA